AUGCCAGCGCUGGAAGAAGACUGGAACCAGUACUCACCAAAGACAUUCAUGGACACCAGUUCUCUUCGUACCGCAACUAUACCAAGUGAAGAAGCAAGGGAUGAGCAUUCGUCGCCUGUGCAUCUUGUGCCCGACGAUGUCCUCAACGGCAUCUUCAUGCUCUUAUGUCGAAGCCGCGACAAACUCGCUGCAAGCUGGCACUGGUCAUUGGUAACACACGUUACCAGACGUUGGAGGAGUGUGGCUCUAAGCAAUCCACUCCUCUGGGCCUUCAUACCAUUCGACUAUGGUGGACAUGGUUGGGUAGAGGAAUGUUGCCGACGUGCUGCACAUGUGCCGCUCGCUCUCACACAGCCCUUGCAAACGCCGUCCCACAGCGCGAGGAUGGCGGCUUUCCGUGAUUGCAUCACUUCUACUUCCCAUGUCAGGUCUAUCCGCAUCGAACGCGCGCACCUAAUCAUCAUGGCGCUCAAUCGCUUUCUUGCAAAACCUGCUCGGGUCCUCGAGUGCUUGCACAUCUCCGCGAAUGACGGCGCGCUUCCACGAUACACCAUGUUUCUACCGAGGAGACUAUUUGCCUCGACGGCUCCUUGCCUGCGUAUCAUCAGCCUUCGAGGAUGCACGAUCCAGUGGACCACGCUGGAGGCCUUUCCGUCCCUCACCAAGCUCAGUCUACGCAACGACGAGCCCGGCAUAGCUUCAUCACACAUACUCAUACGACCGCACGCUUCAGAAGAUGCAGCGCAGGCAAAGUGGGAAGACAUGUUCGCUACGCUCAAUACGCUAAAGCGCCUGCGCGAACUUACCAUCGAGUAUUACUGGCCCGACCAUGUCUUCCCUGCCUCAGUAACAUUCGCUACGCUCCCACUGUUAGAGCAGAUCACCUUGAAAGGGCAUCCGGAACAGUGCGCUUACGCUCUAGCCCACAUCAACGCUCCAGCAUGUGCUUGA